AUGGCGACCGACGACGCCGGCAUCUCGCUCAACCCUCGUCUAAAAACCGAUAUGGACCAAGGGACGCCCUCAAGCGCAAAGGAGAAUCCAUUCACGAGAGCAGAUGACCUUUGUGGAGGCCGAGACUCGGCAACCGAUGGCAUUGCUCGUCCUUUGCAACGGAUCGCCCCUGCACCUCCCUCUCCUCCUCCUGAUCAGCCACCUUCUGAUCCUCCUUUGGCCUCGGCUUCGGCUUCGGUAUCGGCGUCGGCACCGCUGGGUCACCCCAACACGCCGUCACCUACCUCCCCCGCCUCUGGCACGCUCUUCUUCGGAGAGUCCAACUUCCUCACCCUCGUCCCAAGCGAGGAAGCCGCCGCCGCCGCCGCCGCCGGCCGUUCGUUCUCCCAGAAACCUCGGCUCACCUUCCCCAUCCCCGGCAGCCCGUCCUCGUCUACGUACGCGGAUGGUAGGGGCAUCAGUGCCAGCACGAUGCGUUACCUGCGCGACGAAGGCGCCCUCACCCUACCCGACCUCCGCACCUGCCUGCCCGCCCUGCAAGCGUACUUUACUUGGUUUCACCCAUCCUUUCCCGUCGUCGACCGCGCCGAGAUCACGCGUCGGCUCGCCGCCAUGAACAUUUCACCCUUCUUGCUGCAGGCCAUGCUCUUCAUUGGCGCCACCUACUGCGGCGACGACACCAUCGUCGCCAUGGGAUUCCGGGACCGCGCCGAGGCGAAGCGGUUGCUGUACACGCGGGCAAGGCUGCUCUUCCACGCCGACUGGGAGAAGGACGAGAUGAUCCUGAUACAGUCCAUCUUCCUCAUGAGCUUCUGGCGCGGAGGACCCGCCGACGUGCGGGACGUCCGGUACUGGCUCGGCGUCGUCGUCACCCUCUCCGAGUCGUACGGUCUUCACAGAUCUCUUCCAUGUCGAAAGACGCGCACGCGACGCGGAUGCGGAGGAGAAUCUGGUGGUCCAUCUACGCACGUCAAUGCCUCGAUCACCGGCACCAAGCCAAUGAACCGCUGGCAUUUCGCUAACGAACGGAACGGCCAGGUCAGGGAACGACAGGUAGCCGCCGCGCUCGGACUGCCGAGUCGCGUUCGAGACGAGGACUGCGACAUGGACCCCCUCGACGUCGGCGACCUCGAAUCCGAGACGGACGGUCCCAGCAGCGGUCUCUUCGGGACCUGCCAGGCAGAGCACAUUACCUAUGCCAUCAAGAUGGUCGAGAUGGCUCGGUUGCUUGGCCGAAUCGUUGACCUUCGCUUUUCGCCAGGCCAACCUGCGUCGUCGACGGUGGCCGAUGUCGGUGGCCUUGACCACGCUCUCGAGUCGUGGAAGAAAAGUUUGCCCAAUGGCAUGAAGUGCGCGACCGACGAGGGCAGCGAGUCCGUCUGGACCUGUCUCCUCCAUCUGGCAUACAACCACCUCCGCAUCCUACUUCACCUCAACAGCUUCCUCCGAAGCGGUGACGGCACCGGCGAGGACGACAAACACAACCAAGUGGUUACCACGGCCGCCUGCCGCAUCGGCCGCAUCGCCGAGGACAUGUACACGCACGGCACCCUCCGAUACGGACAAAUGCACCUAAUCACCAGCCUCUUCGCCGCUCUCUGCAUUCACACCAUCUGCAUCCGGCGCGGCACGGGUGUCGCGCGCUGCAUCGCCGAGCACCGGGCGCGGAUGUGCCUUCUGUGCCUUCGGGAAAUACAAAAGUACUGGCGCAUCAACAACAACGUCCUCGAUCUCUUCCUGCGGUACCUCGACCGCUCCAUCGCCGAGCGCCUGGAUGCGUCGUCACACGCCGGCACCGGCGGCCAUGAUGUUGACGCCACGGUCAACAACGGCGCGGCGAAGUCAGACGCUGCACCUCCCGCAAGGGUAGGCGCAGGCGUACAAGUGGGCGUGAGCGACGCUGGCCAUGCGCUUCCGCCCUCGUCGCCGACGCUGGGUCAGUCGCACUCGCGGGACGGCUUGUUCGAGGACCCGUACUUUACCCUCGUCAACGGCCACUGGGAGGGUGACGACGCCUUGGGCGACCUGAGCUUGUUCCUGCAAGCCGAUGCUUUUUCCUCGCCCGAGAAGGGGCUCGGUCUGUCCGACAGGGCACUCUAG